CGAGGGAGGCGUUGGGCGGCGCGGCCGCCCGGCCCAGCAGGUGACCGCGGGCGGGAGUCGGAGCCGGAGCGAAUCCCGAGCGGGCGCGGGCACCGCAGCGGGGACUGGGCUCGCGAGUCGAACGAAGUUUGCCGGAAGAUGGCGGAAGAGCCCGGGGCGCGCAGGAUCGCAGCGCGGCGGUGGCCGGCGUCCCAGGACUUGUAGCCGCCGCAGCAGCCGCCGCGGGGCGAGGUCGCCGCCAUGGCCCGCUGGAUCCCGACCAAGAGGCAGAAGUACGGGGUUGCGAUCUAUAACUACAAUGCCUCACAAGAUGUGGAGCUGUCCUUGCAGAUUGGAGACACAGUUCACAUCCUGGAGAUGUAUGAGGGUUGGUACAGAGGAUAUACCCUUCAAAAUAAAUCUAAGAAGGGCAUUUUCCCUGAAACAUAUAUCCAUUUGAAAGAGGCAACUGUGGAAGACCGAGGAGGGCAGCACGAGACCGUGAUUCCUGGAGAGCUGCCGCUGGUGCAGGAGCUCACAUCGACGCUGAGGGAAUGGGCUGCCAUCUGGCGCAAACUCUACGUGAACAACAAGGUCACACUCUUCCGCCAACUGCAGCAGAUGACAUACAGCCUGAUCGAGUGGCGGUCCCAGAUCCUGUCUGGAACUCUCCCCAAGGAUGAACUGGCCGAGCUCAAGAAGAAGGUCACAGCCAAAAUUGAUCAUGGGAACAGAAUGCUCGGGUUAGAUCUGGUAGUACGAGAUGACAAUGGAAACAUCUUGGAUCCAGAUGAAACCAGCACCAUUGCCCUGUUCAAGGCCCAUGAGAUGGCCUCCAAAAGGAUCGAGGAAAAGAUCCAAGAAGAAAAGUCAGUUCUUCAGAACCUCGACCUGCGGGGCCAGUCCAUCUUCAGUGCGGUCCACACCUACGGUCUCUAUGUGAACUUCAAGAAUUUUGUCUGCAAUAUUGGGGAAGAUGCAGAGUUGUUCAUGGCCCUCUAUGAUCCUGACCAGUCCACUUUCAUCAGUGAGAACUAUCUUAUUCGUUGGGGCAGUAACGGCAUGCCGAAGGAGAUAGAGAAGCUCAAUAACCUUCAAGCAGUCUUUAGUGAUCUCAGCAGCACGGACCUCAUCCGGCCCCGUAUCAGCCUGGUGUGCCAGAUCGUGCGCGUGGGCCACAUGGAGCUGAAGGAGGGCAAGAAGCACACCUGUGGACUCCGAAGACCAUUUGGAGUAGCAGUGAUGGAUAUUACUGAUAUCGUACAUGGGAAGGUGGAUGAUGAAGAAAAGCAGUAUUUUAUUCCUUUUCAGCAAAUUGCAAUGGAAACUUAUAUCCGGCAGAGGCAGUUAAUCAUGUCACCACUGAUAACAUCCCAUGUGAUUGGAGAAAAUGAGCCACUCACUUCAGUCUUGAAUAAAGUGAUUGCAGCAAAGGAAGUGAAUCACAAAGGACAAGGACUUUGGGUGUCCUUGAAGCUGUUGCCAGGUGACCUCACACAGGUUCAGAAGAAUUUCUCACACUUGGUGGAUAGAUCAACAGCGAUUGCCCGGAAGAUGGGCUUUCCCGAGAUAAUACUCCCAGGAGAUGUCCGAAAUGAUAUUUACGUCACCCUGAUACAUGGUGAGUUUGACAAAGGGAAAAAGAAGACACCGAAGAAUGUGGAGGUGACCAUGUCUGUGUAUGAUGAGGAGGGCAAACUCCAAGAGAAAGCAAUUCACCCUGGUGCUGGAUAUGAAGGUGUUUCAGAAUACAAAUCCGUGGUCUAUUACCAAGUCAAACAGCCCUGUUGGUACGAGACUGUCAAGGUAUCUGUUGCUAUAGAAGAGGUCACUCGCUGCCAUAUUAGAUUCACUUUCCGCCACAGGUCAUCUCAGGAAUCCAGAGAUAAAUCGGAGCGAGCAUUUGGUGUGGCCUUUGUGAAACUGAUGAACCUGGAUGGCACCACUCUGCAGGAUGGGAGGCACGAUCUGGUGGUUUAUAAGGGCGACAACAAGAAAAUGGAUGAUGCUAAAUUCUACCUGACCCUGCCCGGAACCAAAUCAGAGAUGGAAGAAAAAGAGCUGCAAGCAUCCAGAGCUUCAACCAACUUUACUGCAUCCAAGGAGAGCACAAAAGAUAGCUUUCAGAUCGCCACUCUCAUUUGCUCCACAAAGCUCACCCAGAACGUUGACCUGUUAGGUUUGUUAAAUUGGCGUUCGAACUCCCAGAACAUUAAACACAACUUAAAGAAAUUAAUGGAGGUAGAUGGAGGAGAAAUUGUUAAGUUUUUGCAAGAUACACUAGACGCACUUUUUAACAUAAUGAUGGAAAUGUCAGACAAUGAGGCAUAUGACUUCCUCGUGUUCGAUGCACUGGUAUUUAUCAUUUCUCUGAUAGGAGACAUCAAAUUCCAGCAUUUUAAUCCCGUCCUUGAAACUUACAUUUACAAGCACUUCAGUGCCACUUUGGCAUAUGUGAAACUCUCCAAGGUACUGAACUUUUAUGUGGCGAAUGCAGAAGACUCCAGCAAGACAGAAUUGCUUUUUGCUGCUUUGAAAGCCUUGAAGUACUUGUUUCGAUUCAUCAUCCAAUCUCGAGUUCUCUAUUUGAGAUUCUAUGGACAGAGUGAAAAUGGAGAUGAAUUUAAUGAUUCCAUACGCCGGUUAUUUCUGUCAUUCAAUACACUGAUGGACAGGCCUCUGGAGGAAGCGGUCAAGAUCAAGGGGGCAGCACUGAAGUACUUGCCUAGCAUCAUCAAUGAUGUCAAACUUGUGUUUGACCCAGUUGAACUCAGCGUGCUCUUCUGCAAGUUCAUUGAAAGCAUUCCUGACAACCAGUUAGUUCGUCAGAAACUCAACUGCAUGACCAAGGUAGUAGAGAGCAAUCUCUUUCGGCAGGCAGAGUCUAGAGAAGUUCUGCUGCCACUGCUGAUAGACCAGCUCAGCGGCCAGUUAGACGACCACUCCAGCAAGCCUGACCAUGAGGCCAGCUCGCAGCUUCUGAGCAACAUCCUGGAAGUGCUGGACAGGAAGGAUGUGGGUCCCUCAGAAAAACAUACAAAGCUGAUCAUGCAACGGCUUCUGAGAAGGAUCAACCGGACUGUGAUUGGGAUGCACCGUGAGUCUCCUCACAUAGGGAGUUUUGUCGCUUGCAUGAUUGCCAUCCUGAGGCAGAUGGAGGACAGCCACUACACCCAUUACAUCACCACUUUCAAAACCCCGCUUGAUGUCACUGAUUUCCUCAUGGAAACUUUCAUCAUGUUUAAGGAUCUGACUGGGAAGAAUGUCUAUGCCAAAGACUGGAUGGUCAUGAAUAUGACACAGAACAGGGUUUUCCUUCGUGCUAUCAACCAGUUCGCUGAGGUUCUCACAAGACAAUAUAUGGAUCAGACAAACUUUGAACUCCAGCUCUGGAACAAUUACUUCCAUUUGGCCGUAGCUUUUCUCACGCACGAGUCCCUCCAGCUCGAAACCUUCUCUCAAGCCAAGCGCAACAAAAUUGUAAAAAAAUACGGGGACAUGAGAAAGGAAAUUGGCUUUAGAAUCCGGGACAUGUGGUAUAACCUGGGUCCCCACAAAAUCAAAUUCAUUCCGUCCAUGGUGGGCCCCAUUCUGGAGGUCACAUUGACCCCUGAAGUAGAACUCCGGAAAGCCACCAUCCCCAUUUUCUUUGAUAUGAUGCAGUGUGAGUUUAAUUUCAGUGGAAAUGGCAAUUUCCACAUGUUUGAGAAUGAGCUGAUCACAAAGCUGGACCAAGAGGUAGAAGGGGGAAGAGGAGAUGAACAAUACAAGAUCCUUUUGGAAAAACUGCUCCUAGAACAUUGCCGCAAACAUAAAUACCUGGCCAGCUCUGGAGAAGUGUUUGCAUUCCUGGUCAGCAGCCUCUUAGAGAAUCUCUUAGACUACAGAACCAUCAUCAUGCAGGACGAAAGCAAGGAGAACCGCAUGAGCUGUACCGUCAACGUGCUGAACUUCUAUAAAGAAAAGAAGAGAGAGGACAUAUACAUAAGGUAUUUGUACAAGCUGCGUGAUUUGCACCGGGACUGUGAGAACUACACAGAAGCUGCUUACACACUUCUCUUGCACGCUGAGCUUUUGCAAUGGUCUGACAAGCCCUGUGCACCCCAUCUGCUUCAGAGGGAUAGCUACUAUGUUUAUACUCAGCAAGAGCUCAAAGAGAAGCUGUACCAAGAAAUUAUAUCAUAUUUUGACAAAGGCAAAAUGUGGGAGAAGGCGAUCAAAAUGAGCAAAGAGCUGGCCGAGAUGUACGAAAGCCAAGUAUUUGACUAUGAAGGCCUGAGCAAUCUCCUGCAAAAAAGAGCCUCAUUCUAUGAGAACAUCAUUAAGGCUAUGAGGCCACAGCCCGAAUACUUUGCAGUUGGAUACUACGGACAGGGCUUCCCUUCUUUCCUGCGGAAUAAAAUUUUCAUUUAUCGGGGGAAGGAAUAUGAGAGGCGCGAAGACUUCAGCCUGAGGUUGCUGACCCAGUUCCCCAACGCAGAGAAGAUGACCAGCACCACACCCCCGGGCGAGGACAUUAAGGCCUCCCCAAAGCAAUACAUGCAGUGUUUCACCGUGAAGCCCGUGAUGAGCCUGCCACCCAACUACAAGGAUAAGCCAGUUCCAGAGCAGAUCUUAAACUACUAUAGAGCCAAUGAAGUUCAGCAGUUCAGCUAUUCCCGGCCGUUCCGGAAAGGAGAGAAGGAUCCAGACAAUGAAUUUGCGACCAUGUGGAUCGAAAGGACCACAUAUACAACUGCAUAUACCUUCCCUGGGAUUCUCAAGUGGUUUGAAGCCAAACAGAUUUCAACAGAGGAGAUCAGUCCUCUGGAGAAUGCCAUUGAAACCAUGGAGCUCACCAACGAGCGGAUCAGCAAUUGUGUGCAGCAGCACGCCUGGGACAGGACCCUGUCUGUGCACCCCCUCUCCAUGCUGCUCAAUGGUAUCGUUGACCCUGCAGUCAUGGGAGGCUACGCCAACUAUGAAAAGGCCUUUUUUACAGAAAAGUACUUGCAGGAGCAUCCUGAAGACCAGGAGAAGAUUGAGCUGUUGAAGAGACUAAUAGCACUACAGAUGCCUUUGCUGACAGAGGGGAUCCGCAUCCAUGGGGAGAAGCUGACGGAACAGCUAAAGCCGCUGCAUGAGCGACUGUCUUCUUGCUUCCGGGAACUCAAGGAGAAAGUAGAAAAGCUUUAUGGGGUUAUAACACUGCCUCCCAACUUGACGGAUAGAAAGAAAAGUCGCACCGGGUCUAUUGUGCUACCCUACAUCAUGUCAUCUACACUGCGGAGAUUGUCCGUCACCUCAGUGGCUUCCUCUGUGGUUUCCACCUCCUCAAACUCAUCUGAUAAUGCUCCUUCCAGGCCAGGAUCUGAUGGGUCAAUUCUUGAGCCACUUUUAGAGCGCAGGGCUUCAUCGGGUGCCAGAGUUGAAGAUCUGGCCCUCAAAGAGGACAAUGAGAACCGAGUUGGCAAAUUAAAGAGAAAAGACUGGAACCUGAGCAAAUCCCAAGUCAUUGCAGAGAAAGCACCAGAACCUGAUCUGAUGAGCCCAUCCAGAAAAGCACAGCGGCCAAAGAGUCUCCAGUUGGUGGAUAGUCGGCUGACACCAUUUCAUAGCUCUUCACCUCCUCAAACAACACCCCUGAGCCCACCUCCACUCACUCCUAAAGCUACCAGGACCCUAAGCUCCCCAUCUUUGCAGACUGAUGGGCUGAUAACUGCUACUCUCCCGCCACCCCCACCCCCCAAGAGCAGCCAGAGGCACUCCACGGAGAUUGCUCCCCCACUGCCUGUUCGAAGGGAAGCCAAAGCCCCACCUCCACCGCCUCCAAAAGCUCGAAAAUCUAGUAUGCUUUCAUCUGAGCCUGCAUCCCAGUGAUGGUCAUUGUCCCCUGGAACUUGAAUGCCUUAGACAGACGCUGCCGGAAGUUGGCCUGGAAGGGGCCGGAAGUUGGCCUGGAAGGGUCCUCCUUUCACGAGGUGCCCUGCUGACUGCUUUCCCUGCGCCAGGAUGAGGGACUCCAUGUUGGGUGGAUCGCAUUUCUCAAACUUGCCCUCACCAUGGCUCCAUCUCAGCCUCCAGCACAGAGCCACUGGGCCCUGAAGAUGCCCAGAGAAGUUCUGUGAUGAUCCUGUUCCUGGAAGACAUUUCUUGCUUUGUUUCCAAAAAACAAAUGAACAAACUGUUCUUGAGACUGGCUUUUUUCACAUGGAUACACUCCACCUCAUGUAACAUUGAAAGAGACACUGAUGCUACGGACACUGUUGUAACUGAAAUAAUCAGGUUUUUCUGGUGUCACCGUGUCUCCUUUGAGGCAGUGGAUACCCUUUGAGUGGAGAUUGGUUGCCUUAGGUUAUAGAUUCAUUAUUGAAUUAUUGUAAAAACAGGGACUCAGUUAUGAACCAUGAGCACCUCCCCCCAGCCCCCCACUUGGAAAUUGCCCCCACCUGCCCAGAGCCUGACACACCUAAUGACCCUCACUGCAGGGCAAUUGUUCCUUUCUGUUCGGACUCCUUUGAAGUUCUUUCUUUUGCACAUAUAUUUCCUAUUCCAUUAUUCUCCUUUGAGUACAUAUAAAGAACUGAAUAUAA